CAUAAUUCAACUGGUAAGGAUCCAGGGAUGAGCUCAGACGUUCAGAAUGACUUUACUUCUGCUAAACGUGAUGCAUCCUUCAGACAAUAGCCACACAAAGGCGGCAGGGAUUUGAUUUCAAAGCGACCAGACGGUAUCUUACACUCAUCUGCUAUUUAUAGAAGCUUUUAUGUAUUAUGUAAGCCGUGUCUUCUUUCAAUAUUUAAAUGCAUUCAUGCAGUAUAAAUCCCCUUCCUGCCUCCUAAUACUCUUAUGUCUGGAGGCGUCAUAUAAAUAAAUAGUUGUGUUUAUGCAUGAUGCAGCAUCUGGGGAACACAUCCAGCUGUAAACGGAGAACAAGGUACUGCCCCUCUCUCGCUGUCUAUCCAUCUUUCUGUCUGUCCUCCUGACUGCAGUCUGCAUACAGUGCCACACUGCUGCGGCUGCCGCUGCUGUCUGAUACAAGCGAGUGGGAGGAACAGCUUCCUCUGUUUUCUCUCAAAAAAUGACGAGACAUCUUCGUGGAGCAGCUGCUGCAGGGGUGGAUUUGGCUUCCUGUCUCCUGCAUUGCACAAUCUUUCCCCUCAGCUCGCACAGAUAAAGAAGAUAGAGGGAGCACUGGAAGACGAGGACAGGAGGGAAGAGAACAUAUAAAGGAAAGGACUGAAAAGAGCCAUAGUUAGGUGAAGGGGGGGUGAAAGAUAAUAGAUUACAAAAAAAGAGAGAGGGAGAGGUUGAAGUAUGAGGAAAGAAAGGGAGGAAGGGGCAGGCAGAAGAAACUGAAGACAGAGUGAGUUACACUGCAGUAGAAUGACGGUUGGAGUGAAAGCGAGAGCUAAGAAGCAUUUGAGCAGCCAGCCUUUCACUCUCCGCUCCACAUCUGUCGCUUUCUGAAGAGGCACAAAAAGGAAGGCACCGUGGAGGUGAGAAGGAGACGGAGGAGGGGGGCUGAGGAGGAGGAAGCCAGAGGUUCUACACACAAGAUGGCUGCUGUGUCCUCUGCCUCUGACACUGGAGACCCCAGGGGCCGCCACCCCCCUGAGCGCAGAUUGCUGCUCCUAGGGGGUCCACAGUCUGGUAAGACCUCCACUGCCAACACCAUCCUGGGGGAUGAGGUCUUUGAUGGUGGGACAGAGACUACUCACAGUAAUGUGGGCCACACUGAGAUCUACGGCCGCCGCGUCACUGUGGUCGACACCCCACCGUGGGCCAUCCCCGCCGACCCGGAUGACGAUGCUGAAGCUCACGACAACGACAAUGCUGGCGCCGAGUCGGACAGCCCACGCCGACCCCCGCCGAGCCUGGACAGCGAGGGGCCGUGCAUGGGGGCCAUUCUCUGCCCUCCUGGACCCCACGCUAUCCUUCUGGUGGUGUCGGUCACCCAGCCCUUCACCGAGACUGAGCGGAGGGCCGCAGAGGAGCAGCUCGGGGCCCUGGGUGGAGGGACCUGGAGGUACUCCAUGGUCCUCUUCACCGGGAUAGACAAGCUGCCCAAGGGGGUCUUUAUUGAGGAACACAUAGCAAACACUGGAGAGGCUCUGCAGUGGUUGGUGGAGCGAUGUGGAAGCAGGUACCAUGCCUUUGACAACACUCGAAAAGAAACAGAAGAAAACACACAAGUACCGGAACUGAUGGAAAAAGUGGAGGAAAUGAUCACUGACAACCAAGGAUGGUACUUCGAGGUGAAUGAGCUGAUUUUACUGGAAGAAGAACAGGCCCGGAGAGCUCUGGAGGAGGAGAGGAUGAGGAUGGAGGAGCAUGCUCGACAGAGGGAGCAGAUGAUUGGAGGACCUCCCAGAGAAUUGCGGUUGCUGUUGCUGGGUUGGAAAGGAGUUGGAAAGAGCUCAGUGGGGAACUGCAUCCUGGGCCGCCGCUACUUUGAAUCGGGCCAGGAGACAGAGCUGUGUCUCAGGAGGCAGGCGCUUGUUUCCGGUCGUCGGGUCACUAUUGUCGACACCCCAGGCUGGGACUGGUUCUCAGUGAGGCGAACCCCGAAGCGAAUCCGCCAGGAGUCCCAGCGCGGGGCUGCCCUCCUACGACCUGGACCCCACACCCUGUUGCUGGUCCUACCAGUCGUCUCGUCCCUCACCGCCAGGAAGAGGCGAACGCUUGUGGCGCACAUAGAGACUCUGUUUGGUGACAGCGCAUGCCUCCACACCAUGGUGCUGUUCAGCUGUGGUGACUGGCUGGGACGCACGCCCAUUGAGGAGCACAUCCUUAGAGGUGGGCGGGAGCUGCAAAGACUGCUGGAAUACUGUGGGAACUAUUACCAUGUCCUGGACAGUAAGACGCCUGGCAAAGACAGGAGUGUGUCAGUCUUGCUGGAUAAGAUAGAGGAGAUGAUCAGGGAGAACGGUGACAAGGCCUUCCUCCCCAUACAGACAGAGUGGUUGAGCGAGGAGAGCUCUUACUCUUCGGACAACACAGAACCAGAGGACGACUGUCGGGGAUGCCAGCUACAGUGACACGAUCACAUUAAAGGGAAAGGUCUUUUUCCUCAGUGUGAGCCUUUAACAGGCAUAAGCAUCACCUCAUAUAACUAAAACCUCAUUGUGAUAUCCCUCUCUAACUCUGAAGAGUUUCAGGGACAACAAAAGGUUUGGAACAGGAGUCUUACAAUGAGUAGGUCUUUGAAUGAAUCCGAGACUGAAAUGUUUAAGACAGGCUCCUCAAACCGAGCAGGAGACGACAUAUUCUGCUUCGAGUGACCUGAGCUCAAACCUUCCUGAGCCCAUGAGCAUGUCCACAGAAAUCAGCUGCUGCUAAUCUUUGUAAAUCUUAGUCCAGUCCACACUGAUCAGCUUUAUAUGACGUGUUAAAAAGGGCAAAAUCGAAACCAAAAAGCCAAAAAAGCUAUACGUAUCAGUUUAUACUGAUGUAAUUUGAGAGUGGGAUCACAACUGUCAUUCGUGAGUAUUGGAAGGCUAAGUAUAAUCUCUGCGUGUGUGUGUGUGCCCCCUCUGAUGCCAUUCAGUUUGAAUCAGAAAUGGUUGAUAUGCAAAAAAGUUCAGAUGAAAGCAGGCUACUUGGUACCAAAUCCAAACAUGGCCGGUGCAGCAAGAGACAAGGUGUGCUGGAAAUGCGUGCGCAUAGCCUUGACUUGUUUGGGGACUCCAAAAGUCGACCUUCAGACAUUAAAACAGGAGGCAACUCUCAUCUCUCACAUGAGUGAGAUUCAAGUGAUCCUCAUUAAAAUUUCAUUAGUUUCUGCUCAGGGAGUCUGAGUUGAAUUGAUUCCUCCAGGGCAAAAUCUGGCACAGCUACAGAGACACUGAUAAAUGCUGAUUGCCUAAGUGCAGACGCGAGUCACGUGUUAAUUCAAAUUUGGGUCUUUGAGUAUUUGUUUUAGUUUGCGGCAAGCUUAAAGGGAGUUAGUCUUUGUAUUUUAGUUGCAACCACCCUUAAGAAAAAAACUUUGACACCACUGAAAGCAGUACCAUAAGUACUUUUAUCAUACUUCUGCAUUCAUGCUCAAGAGGAGCUCUAAAAAGAGUUAGGGAAGGCUGGAUCGAAAAUUUGUGCAGCCUCAGAUCCCCGUGGAGAAGCUCGGGCCGGCUCUGCAUAGCUGUUUAUGGUCAUGCAUCCAGCGCAUAUAUCGACAAGGUAGAUUCAGCUACGUGCCUCAGCAUCAAAGCGUGACAGUGGGAGCGCAGCCCUGCAGCAGCAGGACAGCAUCCUAUAGGCUACAUCGAGCUUUCGCAUGCUACAGAAACAGCAUAACCUCAUGCACCACUCAAGCUCUCAUAGGGCUCUUACUACCUUGUACCUUUUUCUACAUCCUUGAGAUAUCAGUUCCUGACGUCGGUAGUUUAAAAUACAUCUAUGUCUAAAUAUAUAUAUAUAUAUAUACAGCCAUCAGAGGCAUGUUAAGACACAGCAUGCAGAAUAAAGAGUGCCUAUAGCGCUGAAGGCAACCUCACUUCUUAUUCCUCUAACUCUUGCUUGAGUAAGUGAUUUAUUUAUUUAUUUUGUAUCACAUCACAUCCUUCUACCUUUACAACUGCAAAAAAAAAGAAGAAGAAGAAAGAAUAGGGGAAAAAAAGAGAAUUCACCCUCUGGAAUAAAAGCAUAUACAUGUGACCGAUAGGACUGCCAUGCUGUAAAAUGUAAUUUUCUACAAAUGGUGUAUCCUCUAAAAGGAACCGUGGCACUGCUCCCUCUGCGCUUUACCGACCUCUGUGCUUCAUCUAGUGAUGUAGGCCACCGCAGCACUUAAGUGUGACGAGCAUGACUUUAAAAUUUGAUAUGAGGAUGUUUCAAGCAUUCAUUCGGAGUCCUGCGAGUCCCACUCCACCUCAGUAUGUCAUACGUGUAGUAAACAGUGUAAAAUAUGUAACAGUUUAGGCUUUUAGCAAUACAUUUUGCACUGUGUAAGUUCUACCACUUCACUGUAGCCAAAGUGACGUUACUUACCGUGUGGUCCCUCAUGUGGUGAUUGCAAUAUUAGUACUUUGUUCAUCCUGAGACAACAAUAAUAAUUAAAAAAAGUAUGUAUAUACUGUUGUGUAUUUUUGGCUUUCAUCUCUUUAGUUAACUGCCAUUUCAAUUUGGCUGGAAUUGGCAUCCUAGAAUGUAAAAAAUGUUGUUUGACCCCACGGAGGAUGUGGUAAUGGGGUGGUAUCAUCACUAGGUGGCAGUGUAGUAAGCAGAAUCAUGUCUGUGUGGAUAAAGAUAUUUCUGAAAAACACUUUGAUGCAACUUGACUAAUAUUACAGGGAAAGGGGGAGGCAUUC